AUGGCUGUCACCACCUUCACUGAGGAGAACACUUCUCCACUUCCCCCAAAAAGAAUAUUCAAGGCCUCCAUUGUUGAUUCUCAUAACUUGAUCCCUAAUUUGAUGCCACAAGCUAUCAAAAGCAUUGAAGUUCAAGGUGAUGGAGGUGCUGGAAGCAUCAAGACUAUCAAUUUUCCUGACGGUGGAAAUUUUAAGUCCAUAAAGUAUCGUGUGGAUGAGCUUAAUGAGGAGACAUACACAUAUAAGUAUACAAUGAUCGAAGGUGAUGGACUGGUUGACAACCUUGAGAAGAUAACUUAUGACGUGAAGUUUGAACAGUCAGCAGAUGGUGGUUCCAUCUCUAAGGUGACUAGCUCAUACUAUACUGUGGGAGAUUUCAAGCUCAAGGAAGAGGAAAUCAAGGCAGGCAAAGAGAAGGUUUUGGCGAUGUUCAAAGCUGUAGAAGCCUAUCUCCUUCAGAAUCCUGAAGCGUAUGCUUAG